UCAUCAUGGCUUUCAAUGAGUAUUGUGAUUGGAAAUGGCUUCUUUUAGUUUCUUUCCUCUUCCUCUCUGUUCAUGGACAAACCUCAGGGCCAUCUUUCAUGGUGAUGUUUCCUGCAGAGAUUGGGUCUGGAUCUGAGGCCAAACUGUGUGCAAGUCUUCUCAAGCCCAAUGAAAGCCUUGUCAUGAACAUACAUCUGGUUCAUGGUAACCAGAGCACUUUACUGCUGCAGGAGAAAGCUGAGGAAGAGUUUCACCGCUGCUUUAACUUUCAGACACCUCAGGUAAAAGCAGAAUCAGUGCAGACAAUGAAGGUAGAACUUCAGGGGAAGAACUUCAAAAUGACAGAAGAGAGAAAAGUCUUGUUCAAACGUUACUACCCUUUGACUUUUAUCCAGACUGAUAAACCUAUCUAUCUUCCAGGACAAACAGUGAAUUUCAGAGUUGUCACCCUGGAUAAAACUUUUGUACCCUUUGAUCAGAAGGUUUGUAUCCUUUAAGCAAAAGCAACAGUCUUUUGUGUG